AUGAUCAACAACACCAACAUCCCCAACCUCACACUCAACCUCAACCUCAACCUACCAAUCCCAUACCACACCACCACCGCAAUCAUGUCCGAGCAGACAAUGCACCUCCUCACCACCGCUCUUACUUUACUCCUCCCACCCCUCCUCGCCCUCUACAUCCACAACGACUAUAAAGCAUUCCUCUCCCUGGGCCCCGGCGGCACACCAGCAACUCCCCUCGGCUAUCUCAAAAUCAAACUCCUCUCGCUCGUCUGCCUGCGCGACCCGCUCCGCCCCAUGCCCAUCCCCGCACACUUCCGUCCUCAGACCGGAUACUUCACCAGCACUGCUCUUCCAACACGCAAAGGCCCACGCCCGCAGGUCCGCGGCAUCGCGCCGCAGCGUCAGAAAACACAGGAAAGUCCUGCGGCAGUGUACACGCAGCUUGUCGAGCGCCUGAGCGCGUUGGCAGCAGACCCACGCAACAAGCUCGUCGAGCGAACAUCCUGCUUUGAGAAGAACAGCUCGGGACUGUUUGCUUCGGUGCCGAUUACGCGCACGUGCGGCGGCGAGAUAUGUCACGCACACCCGUCCGACGGAUCAAUGCACUUGACCCUGCACCCCGCGGAUGCCAAACUCGUGCUCGAAAAUGGGUGGGGCGAGAGACAUCCGUUGGCUAGAGGGGGGUGGUGUAGGCGCUUCGUGCCUAAGGAAUUCGUGUUGGUGUAUGCCCCGAGGGAUGCCGCGGAGGUUGAGGUGGUGAUGAAUAUUGUGGCGGCGAGUGUCUGGUGGGUUAGUGGGAUUGAUGUCAAUGGGGAUGAGGCCGGGAUGAGGAGGAGGAGUAAGGAUGUUGAGGCUGUGGGCAGGGUGGUAGAGGUGCAGAGGGAGUGUUGGUCGUGUGGGGGUGGGAAGGCGGAGAGGAUGGUGGGGGAUGCGUGA